AUGGCACAGGCCGCGGAACGCGACAGCCUGCGAGGCGGGGCGGCUGAGAGGUCAAGCCCGACGAGCCCAAGUGGCUCCGCCAGCAGCGUGCGCUUGGACGGAAAGCCCAAAGUAGAUUCUUUCCAUAACCGAGAUGGACUCAAACUGAAGACCUACUCAUGGCUAGUAAAAAAUCCAAUAGGAGUCAUAUUCCUAGUCCAUGGACUAAACACGCACUUACGGUUAGAAUACCUUCGACACAACGUGGAGAUAGUGAGCCCAGAAAAGGCUAUUCUAAAGGAUGCAGAUAAUUACUACAUUUAUAAGGACAGCUGGAUUGAGCAUUUCAAUAAAAGUGGAUACUCAGUGUAUGGCAUGGACCUGCAGGGACAUGGACAAUCAGACGGGUGGAGGAAUGUAAAAACCAACGUGAAAAAGUUUGAUGAUUUGGUGUAUGACGUGAUACAGUACAUUAAUCGAGUGCACGACGUUAUCUGUCUGACAAGUCGGAAGGAUGCAAAGAAUGGGGAAACGAGUAAGAGCCAUUCGGCGGCUUCCCCCAGGUUGGCAGCGUCAACCACGUCGGCCACCUCCCCUUCGUCCCGCAUGCCUGCUGCUUCCCCCGCGCCCCUCGCGCAGAGCAACAUCUCCUCGUGGUCCAUUCACAACAAUCUGAAAGACACCAAAACGCCGCCCUUCUACAUCAUGGGCCUCUCCAUGGGGGGAAACAUAGUACUAAGGACACUGGAAAUCUUGGGGAAAUCCAAAAACCAGGGCGAAAAGCUAAACAUAAGAGGAUGUAUAUGUCUAGCCGGGAUGAUCUCCAUCGACGAAAUAGCAUCCAAACCAUCUUACAAAUUUUUUUACAUUCCUUGUAGCAAAUUUUUUGCCACCUUCUUUCCAACCCUGCGACUGACGCCAUCCUUGUACUGGAAAAAGUACCCCUAUGUUAAUCACAUUUUUAAUUACGACAAAAAUCGAAAUAAGAAACCGAUCACGUGCAAGUUGGGCUAUGAGCUUCUGAACGCCAUUGAAAACUUAAAUAAUGACAUGGAUUAUAUUCCAAAGGACAUCCCCAUUCUUUUCGUGCACUCCAGACAUGACAGUGCUUGUUUCUUUGGGGGCGCGGAAACAUUUUUUAAAAAAAUUAAUACCAACCUUAAGGAGCUACACAUCCUGGACGAUAUGGACCACGUCCUCACCAUGGAGCCGGGCAACGAGCGUGUUCUGCAGAAGCUGCUUGCGUGGCUAUCCGCCCAUUCUCCGCCGAGUGCGACCCGCGCCUAG